UGUGAAAAUAAGAGUUCGUUUUCAAACGUGUACAUUUUGAGAUCAAGUAUGGAGGCUAACAGAAGAUAAAACUCCAGGGCAAUAACUUUUAUUUCGCUUUCCGGUGUUCCUUUGUGUUGCUGCUGUGAUCAUGGCAUCAGAGGAAGAGGUCAAUCUGUUGGUCAUCGUUGUGGAUGUAAAUCCGAUAUGGUGGGGUCAGCAAGCUCACCGUGAGCCUGAGUUCACUUUGUCCAGGUGUUUGGAUGCAGUUGUGGUGAUGGGCAACUCACACAUGGCCAUGAGCAGGACAAACAAGCUGGCUGUCAUUGCAAGUCACUGUCAGGACAGUCCCUUCCUGUAUCCCAGUAAGAGCUGGAAAGCCGGGGACAGUGGCGCAGAUGAUGCGUCUUUCAGCGGGGACGGGAAGUACGAGCUGCUUUCAGUCACCAACAACCUCAUUGCUGAAGAGAUCAGGAAUGUUCUGUCAAAAACUGAAGUGAGGGGAAAUUCAACAGACACUCUGCUGGCUGGAUCUCUUGCCAAAGCGCUCUGCUAUAUUCACAGGGUCUCAAAGGAGCUGGAAAUUGGACAAGAGAUUAAAUCAAGAAUAUUGGUGAUUAAAGCAGCAGAGGACUGUGCCCUCCAGUACAUGAACUUUAUGAAUGUGAUUUUUGCUGCUCAGAAGCAGAACAUCUUGAUAGAUGCCUGUGUGUUGGCAUCAGACUCAGGUCUCCUGCAGCAGGCCUGUGAUAUAACAGGAGGAUUGUACCUUAGGUUACCACAGAAAGUUGCCCUGGCGCAGUAUCUUUUAUGGGUGUUCCUCCCUGACUCAGAGCAGCGUUCACAGCUGGUGCUGCCUCCACCUGUACACGUGGACUACAGAGCUGCAUGUUUCUGUCAUCGCAACCUCAUUGAGAUUGGUUAUGUGUGCUCAGUUUGUCUGUCGAUAUUCUGCAACUUCAGCCCCAUCUGCACAACCUGCGAGACUGCCUUCAAAAUUCAGCUGCCACAGAUGGUCAAACCCAAAAAGAAGAAACUCAAGCAGUCAAUGUGACUUUUGCUGAUGUGUUUUUCCUUUCAUAUUCAGAAUGUACCAUUUUGUUUGGUGUAGAUCUGUAACACGCUUUACAAAACUUUACUUCCAUCAUACUUAAAUUUAAGAGACAAUUAUUUGGUAAUUCCUGUUAAAUUUUACCUGACCAAAUGCUUUUUUUAUGUUUUGAAUAUGUAUCAUGUGUCAAACAUUUGGCUCUGGAAUAUAGCAUUUGUUUACA